AGGCAGGUAUUAAAGUUUUUAGGGAUAUCAGCGAGACGCCAGUGGAGCUCAGCGGUCUGUCGUUAUCAACACCUGCAAAAACAUCUUAAUAAGCUCUUCACCUUUUUGCAGCAUCUUCUGCAUGCCUUAUUUAUAAAACUCUUAUUUAUUGUGGAGCGAAUAACAUCAGUAAGAUGACGAUCCUGGAGGUGAGCGGUCAGCUGAUCGAGAACACCGUGCAGAAGAUGAGUCUGACCUCUGUUCUCCUCGCCACCUCUGUGUUCACACUCACUCUGGCCUAUCUGAGUAAAGUCAUGUUCAGACAGCAGCACCGCGGGCAUGAAAAACUUCCUCCUCAUAUCCCGUCCAGUGUUCCCUUUCUUGGUCACGCUGUGGCUUUCGGCAAGAGUCCCAUUGAGUUUCUGGAGCAGGCCUACGAGAAGUACGGCCCCGUGGUCAGCUUCACGAUGGUCGGGAAAACCUUCACGUAUCUGCUGGGCAGCGAUGCGGCCGCGCUCAUGUUCAACAGCAAGAACGACGACCUGAACGCCGAGGAUGUUUACGCGCGCCUCACCACACCCGUGUUCGGCAAGGGCGUCGCAUACGACGUGCCCAAUGCGUUAUUUCUGGAGCAGAAGAAAAUGCUGAAGACCGGACUGAACAUCGCACACUUCAAAGGACACGUUAAAAUAAUCGAAGAAGAAACCAAAGAUUAUUUCAAGCGAUGGGGAGACAGUGGAGAGAGAAAUCUGUUCGAUGCGUUAUCCGAGCUGAUCAUCCUGACGGCCAGCCGCUGUCUGCACGGCUGUGAGAUCCGUGGCAUGUUGGACGAGAGAGUCGCUCAGCUCUACGCCGAUCUGGACGGAGGCUUCACUCACGCCGCCUGGCUGCUGCCCGGAUGGCUGCCUCUACCCAGCUUCAGACGGAGGGAUCAGGCACACUUAGAGAUCAAGAAAAUCUUCUAUAACGUCAUCAAAAAGCGAAGAGAAGCCACAGAGAAAAUCGACGACAUCCUGCAGACGCUCAUAGACGCCACGUACAAAGACGGCCGUCCUCUGAAUGACGAUGAGAUAGCCGGGAUGCUGAUCGGUCUGUUGCUGGCGGGUCAGCACACGUCCUCCACCACCAGCGCGUGGAUGGGCUUCUUCCUGGCGCGGGACAGAGCGCUGCAGGAACGCUGCCACAGCGAACAGAAAACCGUGUGCGGAGAAGAUCUUCCUCCUCUCCAGUACGACCAGCUUAAAGACUUGAGUCUGCUGGAUCGCUGUCUGAAGGAGACGCUCCGACUGCGACCGCCUAUAAUGACCAUGAUGAGGAUGGCUAGGACACCUCAGAAAGUGGGCGAAUACAUCAUCCCACCAGGACACCAGGUGUGUGUGUCUCCCACAGUGAACCACCGUCUUCGGGACACUUGGGAUGAGCGUCUGGAGUUUAACCCUGACCGCUACCUACACGACAACCCUGCCGCCGGAGAGAAGUUCGCUUACAUCCCAUUUGGAGCAGGUCGUCAUCGUUGUAUCGGAGAAAAUUUCGCCUAUGUGCAGAUUAAAACCAUCUGGUCGACUUUGCUGAGGCUGUACGACUUUGAGCUGGUAGACGGACACUUUCCUCCUGUGAACUACACGACCAUGAUUCACACCCCGCACAACCCCAUCAUCAGAUACACACGGAGGAAGACACAACCACAGAAGUGAUGGGAAUAUUCUCUUUCUGCAGUUGAUUGUAAUCAGAACAGAACUAUUGAGUGGCCUUUACAAACUACAAAUGUUGGGUUGGUUAACAUGCAUUAUUGUUGGCUGAAUCACAAUCUCUUACUCAGAUUCCAACAUCUUGUGUUUGUUAUUUAAAAGGCAACCUAUUUUAGUGACCUGCAGUGCCCAGAAAUGACCUCUGGGGUCAAGAGUCAAAUCACUGUUUUUAAUUCCUCAAAUCUUCUGAUAGUAUCAUCCUCCCAGCAAAGCAUGAAAAUAUUUUUAUACGAUUUAACAUAUUUGUUUUUGCAGAAAACAAAAACCUCUGAUGUAUAAAAAGCUUUAAACAUUAAAAUCACAUCAUAUAAAAAUGGCAGACUGAUGUUUUAUGUUGUGCUUUGGGCACCUAAAAGAGGUUGUGUUCUUCAUACACAAGCAGUUUUAGUUUUUAAUUUAGUUCAAUAACUUCAUUGUUUAGAAUAUGGAAAAUCGUCUUCAGCUUUAUGUAAAAUAUGGCUUACUUAUAAGUGAGUGUGUUAACUUUGACACCUUAAAUGUGUUUGGGCUAUUAAUUUUUAUUUCAUUAUAUGACAAACAAAUGUUUAUUUUAUAGACGACAUAAUACAUAAAAGUAUAUUGAUAGCUGAUGCAAAUCAUGUCAACAUUAAUGUUUAUUUAAAAGAUGUAUAUAUGUACAAGGGAAAGUGUCCCUGGUCACCAUAUUUAUUCACAUUUUGUCUUUACUAGUUCAUUUUAAAUCAUCCCACUUUGUGAAAAAACAUUUUUUUCAUGCAGCCACAAUUCAAGGAGUGCCGUGACGAAGUUUUAAUAAUAAUUUCAAGAUAAUGUCAGUUUGAAACAAUUGCAGAAGGCAGUAAUUAAUUUUCAGUGACAUUCCAGAAAUUAAAUGGAGGAAAAAUGAA